GAGCUAGCUCCUACUCCGGUGUGUGCGCGCCCGUGUGUCCCGAUUGCACCGCCACCAUGCCCCUAACCUUGUCCCCGCCACGCCUCCUCCUUCUCCUUCGCCGCCGCCAAGCCAAGGUCCAGGAGCCGCGCUCCACGGCCCGCCCAUGCCGUGGAGCGCGGCUCAGCUGUGCCCCUGACGAGGUCGCGGCCACAGACGCCGAGCAGCAGCAGGGAGAGGAGGAGGAGGAGUUGGUGCUGCUCGCCUCCUACCGCACCGCCUUCAACGAGGUCAUCAUGGUCAUUGACUCGCCCUCCAACCGCUACCUCGUCCUCGACCCCACCCGCAACGUCCACAGCAUUCUCCCCAAGAAGAGCGCCUGGACCAAUUCCUACUGGGAUGAGUGCGUCAGCCUGCCUACCGUUGUUCCACGAGGUCCUGUUGCACUUCUAGGUUUGGGUGCUGGGACAGCAGCACAUAUGAUGCUGGAAGUAUGGCCUUGGAUACAGCUUAUCGGAUGGGAGAUUGAUCCGACGGUAAUUGAAUUGUCGAGGGAUUAUUUUGGUAUGUCCACUUUAGAGAAGACCACGGAACUAGGUGGUUCACUUUCGGUGCAUAUUGGCGAUGCACUUUCCCCAUCGGCUACAGUCGAAGGAGGAUUUGCUGGUAUUGUUGUUGAUUUAUUUGCUGAUGGAAAAGUCUUACCUCAGCUACAGGAAGCUGAAACUUGGUUAGAGAUUGCGAAGAAGCUGAUGCCCGAUGGUCGAAUCAUGGUCAACUGCGGUGCGGGAGAUACCGCCAUAUCUCUUGCCGCCGACGCGGAUGUUUCCUCCUGGGUUCAGAAUCCCACAAUCAAGGCUCUAUGCUCUGCAUUUCCAGGGCAACUAAACUGGAAGAGGCUUUCGGAGAAGGAGAGCGUAAACUACGUCGCGUUGACGGGUCCCCUUCCGGAUUUGGAGGAGUGGUCAACCUCGGUUCCUAGCGAGCUGAGCCUGAGAGUGAAACAAUGGGUGCCUUGCGAGCUCGCAUGAGGAUCGAUGUACUCCCCUCGUCCCAAAAUAAGUGUCUUGAGCUUAGUACAACUUUGUACAAAGUUGAGACACUUAUUUUGGGACGGAGGGAGUAAGUUUUUCUUCUGUCUGCGCCUUGCUUGCUUCGACAACUUUGCAUGUCUCCUCCCUCCACGGUCCUUUUCUGGUGUAGUUAAGUUAAGGCCAUCGACCUGCAUUUGAAGAAGUGCCAUAUCAUAUCAGCGCUCACAUGUCUGAGGAAGGAAUAGCAGUGAUCUGUCCGGCCCCAAUUUAUGUUCCUAGUUUGAAGAAGAGCAGAGCGAAGACCUGCCUGCAUGUUGAAUGGAGUUGAUGUGUCUACCCCUGAAAUCGAGCGAGGGGGACUUCGGAACGCACCACGCUACAAUUAUUUUUUGUUAUGUCCCGCUGACCUGCUGCUGAUUAGUACUACCUCUGUAUCAAAAUAUAAGACGUUUUGCCAGUUCGAUUUGAACGGUAAAGAUGUCUUACAUGUUGGUACGGAGGCAGUACGUGCCAUUCAUCAUCCCACUCCUUGUCUCGGCAGUGUGCCGCAAAGUGACAAGUUCAUUGCCGUUGUGCAAUGGCUUUCGCUGGAGGUCGCUGUUCGUUA